GAAACUUACAGAAGGGAAGUGACGUGUGUCAGCGACUCACAGUUUCCGCUCUCUUUUCGUUGAGGCUCAGCUAGCGGCCGGCCUGCAAACAUGCAGAUCUUCGUGAAGACGUUGACGGGGAAGACCAUCACCCUCGAGGUUGAGCCCAGCGACACUAUCGAAAAUGUCAAGGCUAAGAUCCAGGACAAGGAAGGAAUUCCCCCUGAUCAGCAGCGUCUGAUCUUCGCCGGCAAACAGCUGGAGGAUGGACGCACACUGUCAGACUACAACAUCCAGAAAGAAUCCACUCUGCAUCUGGUUCUGCGUCUGCGUGGUGGAAUCAUUGAGCCUUCCCUGAGGCAGCUGGCCCAGAAAUACAACUGCGACAAGAUGAUCUGCCGCAAAUGCUAUGCCCGUCUGCACCCCCGUGCUGUCAACUGUCGCAAGAAGAAGUGUGGACACACCAACAACCUUCGCCCCAAGAAGAAGCUGAAGUAGACCAUUUGGCUGAAUUGGCUCUCAAUGACAGUUUGUGUUAAAAUAAAUGUCAGAAAAUGA